UGACACAUUAAGCCACAUGAAGCCUUUGGAUGCACUUAUAAGUUAUAACAGUUGCUCAAACAACCCUACCAAAAAAUUCAAAGAUUUUCGAAUAUAGACGGUUAACCGUCAAAUGUUGAAAAGCGGUUGUGUUGUGUUGUUUGACUCGUUUGCGCUAUAUGAUUCCCAUUUGUAAACGGGAUUUGUUAGUGGAAUAAGUGUUAUUUAACCAUGGAAUCUGUGGAAGAACGUUUGAAUAAGGCUCGUCAAGAGCGCAUCGCUAGAGAAAAAGCGAGAAUCGAUAAGUUACGGGAGUUGAACCUCAAGAAAUACAAUAAAAAUGAGUCACAAAGUUUUUCUAAGGCACCAUCGAACGCUUCCCUAGCUAAUAAAACACUAAAUACUACCGUUAAACCCAAAAAUGACCUGCCAAAGAGCAAUCUUAAAAGCUCCAGCACAAUUAGAGAGGUCAAGAAGAAUUUUAGCAUUAACGACAAAAGACCCCUUACCGCUCCGAUGCCACUAAAGAAACCUACUGCAGAAAUUAAGCCAGUUAUGAAUAGUAUCAAUCCUCCGAAAGUAACUGAAGUUAAGAAUGACUUGAAAAUGGUGGAUAAAAGUAUGGUUCAUCUUAAAAAUACUGUAAAAAAGGAUUUUGUCAACAGUAAUAAAAUUAUUGCCAAUUCUUUAAAACUGCCUGUUAAUGGAGUUAAAAAUGUUCCAAAUGUUGGAAGAAAAACUUUGGCCCCUAUCAAGAUGGCCAACCAAUUGAAAUUGUCAGAAAAUCAGUCUAAAACUCCUGAGAAAUCAAAAGAAAUUACUAGAAAAAGUAUGCUGCGAAUGAAUCAGCCAUUUGAAAAACCGAAUCUUACUGCCAGAAAAAGUAUGGCACCCUUAAACCAAUCCAAAAUAUCUGACAAAGCUAUGGAGUGUUCUAGAAAGAGUAUGAUACCAAUGCGACCACUCAGUGUGACUAAGAAUAGAGAAUCUGUGUUUGAUCGCCUCUACAAGCCUAAAACAGUUCAAAAGGCUGAAUUAAGUGAUGCUGAUAGACUUCAAAGAGAUCCUAUAUUUUUACAAAAGGUACUGAAGCAGGGAAGCUUGAUUGCCAGCAAACGGCACACAAUAUUUGGCCCAAACAUUGCCAAGCCUGUAACAAAGGACCUGGUGCGCAGGUCCAUCUCCGCUGUUCACCUGAAACGGAUCAGCAAGAAGGAGCUGGGGAACUGCUUCCAUAAGUGGUCAUCUAUUGAUGAAAAACUGAACGAAAUUGACGUAACCACCACAAACGAAGACGACAAAGUGAAACAGGACACCGUAACAUCAGCCAUCAAGAGCGAACGCAAGCGGGUCCGCCUCCAAACACCCAUAUCAUUCACUCCUAGACCGGAAGAGAUGCGUAACCGAUUGCAAAAAUGGCUGCAAUCCCGAGGAAAAUCCAUACACUCCUACCAACAUCUACAGUGCUUUGGGAUACAUCAUCUAGCUGAAAAGCCAUUGAAACCGCUGUUCUUAAAGACGGAAGCCAAAGAAUUUGAUGAAGAGAAUAAGGAAAAUAUAGAAUUAGACCAUGAUAGUGAUAAUGAUUCGUACACUGACUGCAUGAAUGAACCUAUUGAUGAUAACACUAAGUGGAGGGGCCGGGUUAGCUAUGUGAGUGAUAGUGUUUGUAUGAAUGAUAGUGAUCAUGAUACCACGUUGAAUUCUGAUGAGGCUCCUGUGGAUGAUGUGUUGUUGGGAGCGCUGAAUGAUCUUACGGAAUUGCUGCGUGAGGGUUUCGACUGGGAGCAAUGCGCUCGCUGGCUGCGCGCGGUGCGCACGCGCUUCCCGCACGCGCCGUCCCUAGCCGCCUACUGGGAGUGUCGCGCCGCGCUGGAGGAGACCCGCGGGGACCUGCCCGCCUCCGUGCAGUGCUGGGAGGAAGCCAUCGCUAAGGGGACACAGCACUCUGUAGUGGACGCGAACCUGGACCAGCUGUUAGACAAGUUCAUGCAGCUCAAGAUUAGCCCCAACAGUGGGAAGCGAGACCGCGUGGAUCCCAAGCUGGUGGACGUGAAGAACGUGUUCAAGAGCACCAUCAUCAGGUUCGCUGUGCAGCAGGCCAAGUUACGUCAGUCCAACCAGGCGGAGCAGCCCACGCACACCGUGACCCCGGUGCGGCGCAGCGCCCGGCUCGGCAGCCACCGCACCAAUAUUCAGAAAACUCCCCGACACCAGAAGACACCCAAAACUCCUCUACAGAUAUGUUCCUCCAUCAGACAAGCCGGACUUAUAGGGGAAAAGGUGCUGUUUGUGCCUAAUACUACAUUAUGUAACACCCCUUAAUGCUUACUGUUGAAAUUGUUCUUAUUGAUUUAUCGUGUUAUAGCAUACCAUUAGGGACGCGCUGGAGCACCAAGAUUAAAAAGACACCCAAUCGUCAGAAAAUAUUAUAGUUGUCCGGUCUCGAGAACGUUCUCCGGUUACUAUGGGGAAUGUUCUUGCACGAGAAUAUUCCCCAUACAAACGGAAACGUUCUAGUUACUACUAGUAGUAGUAGUUCGUACUAGUGCCUACGCCAAAUCUUGGGAUUAGUUGUCAAGCGGACCCCAGGCUCCCAUGAGCCGUGACAAGAUGCCGGGACAACGCGAGGAGGAAGACAAACGGAGACGUUCUCAAGAACGGCACAACUGUACAAAAGAUCAAAAACUCCUCUUCAGAUAUGAUCCUCGAUCAGACAAGCUGGACUUAUAGGGGAAAAGGUGUUGUUUGUUCCUAAUACUACAUUAUGUAACACCCCUUAACGCUUUUGGAUGCCAAAGUCGGCUACACACGACAUCAAAUUUAAUAUAUUCGAACCUUCGUGCGUAAAGACGUUUACUAUUGCGUCUUUAAAAUAGUUUUUACAAUCAAAAGUUUUGAAAUGUCUUGAUUUAUCGUGUUAUAAACGUUAAGAUACAAUUAAGAAACACACUGGAGCACCAAAAUUCAAAAACCCCGUCGUCAGAAAAUAUAGGUUAUUCCCACUAGUUACCACCAAGUUGUUACCAGUGGUAACUACUGGGAAUUUUUUUCCCACCUUUUACCACUGGUAACUAAUAACACACACACAAACUUGGUUUGGUGGUAACUAGUGAGUUGUUUUUUCCCAGUAGUUACCACACUGGUAAAAGGGGGAUUUUUUUCCCACCAGUUACCACCUGAAGCAGGGCUUAUAGGGGAAAAGGUGCUGUUUGUGUCUAUUACCACGUUAUGUACUCCUUAAAGCUAUGACGCUUUUGGACGCCAUCGUCCGCUAUACUCGACAUCUAAAAACCUCCUCCUCAGUCAGACAAGCUGGACUUAUGGCAGAAAAGGUGCCGUUUGUGCCUAAUACUACUUUAUGUAACAUACCUGAACGCACUCUGAUGCCUUGAAAAUAGAGGCGUGUUCAGAUAUUUGUGAGCACCGUGGCCGCUCCGAUAUAUCCGUUGGCGACUGUACGUACUCAGAAGCACCAAUAGGGAAUAUUACGCAAAACUGCGUAGGGGGCGCCUCUAGCACCAACUGUAUACAAAUUACACAUUUAUGUUCUUUCUGAUGUAAUCAAUAUUUCAUUUUUCAUGUACAGUAACGUGUUUACUUACUUACAAAUUGUCUUGAUGCAUCAUUAUCAUAUUUAAUAGUAACAAAAAUUCUGUGAAAACUCAAAAAUACUGUUCAAGGCAUAGUAUAUAUAUAGGGAGCGUGCAUGAACUGUAGGAGGCAGCACAGGAGCCGUCAGAUUUUUGGCGCGAGGCGUAAAUGUGAUGUUUUUUGUUCCGAUGUAGCCCACAAGGUGGCAGAACCUACUAUGCACAAGAAAACACGUGACGUGUACAUGUGCAUGUUUAUGGUUCCGAUUCAGGCCACAAGAUGGCAGACCCUCCAACGCGCACGGUCCCUAUAAUGUUUUGCGGUCACUGAGUUGUCAAACGUCAACUUUUGACAGAGUUACCGCAAAAUGUAAGGCGCUGUGCAGCGCCAUCUCGUUCACCUGUCAAAUUCGAAGUACGAAACGAUCUUGGACUUUACAUCUUACUCAAUGUAUCUUUGGUAUAUAUAAGUGAUUGUAUGGUUUACGGUUUCUACUGGUGCUGCCUCUGGCGGCAGAAUAUUGAAUAUUGCAGCACUAACGCCCUAUAUUCAAAGGACGAGAUGAGAAAUGUUAUACGCGUAAUGUGGUCCUUAUUUCGUAAAAGUCAUAUUUUUCUAUGGGGCACCAGCUUAAUCUAAAAUGUACCACUAAACAACCAAUGUAUAUUUUUUUUUAGAAUUUUUAUAGAUUAGGCGUUGCACUUUGAAAAUUUUAACCCUUUUUUUUUCGGUGUGGGAAUGCUAUUCCGCAUCGUCCCCCUGGCCUGAGGUGGGGCCCAUUUUGGGGGGUAUGUGGGACUCGCACUUCAAAAUGUAUUUAAAAUUUUUGGAAAAAACUUACACUGAACCUCUCUUACAUAGAAGAAUAUAACUUAUACGAAAUAAGGACCCCCUUAUAGGAGGUAUUACUGUAAUGUUCUGCCGCUAGAGAGCAGCACUAGCACCUUUCGUAAACCAUAGAGUAACUUAUACAUACUGUGGCUUAAACUUUUUGACAAGUUUUCACAGAUAAUAAAAUAUGACAUUGAUGCAUCAAGGCAGUUCGUUUACGUUCAAAGGGCCUACCGGGGAACGUGAAAAUCGAAAUUUAGUUAUCUGCCUCUUAAUCGCUCGAAUAUGCAAGAGUGAUAGAGAGGUUAUACUCUGUAUCUUUAGGUAUUUAAAUAAAAGUAAACAUACAAUUUGUACACUUUCUGUUAGUUACAAAAUUUAUUGGUUAACCAACCAAAUACAAAACUGCCUGGAUCUGUCACUGAACGACCUGACUUUAAACCUACAUUAUUUGAUCAUGUAAAGUUUUCAUCUACCCUCAACUGGCUUAAGGAGCCAUUUAAGGGUAUAUUUUGUUUACCUUUUUUUAAAUACCUAAAGAUACAGAGUAUAGAUAACGAAAUUUAAAUUUUCUUGUUUCGCAGUAGACCCUCACAUUUUGAUGGAUGGUGGUAGUGGCGCCCUCUGCAAAGUUUCGCGUAAUAUUCCCUAUUGUCGCGUAUUAUUAUUAAGCCCCAUAGACGGUUCAAGAAUAUGCAAUUUCCGUUAAAUUUCGGUAUUUGGUCGAUCGAUUGAAUUCAUUUGUACUCCGUAGUAAUUUCCUUGACGUAAGCGGUUAUUUUUUUUUUUUAAUAUUUAAACGCAAUUGAAUUGCUCAUAAUAAUUAUGUUAUGAUAUGAUGCAAUGUAUUUUAGAUUAAGUUGUUUUAGAUUGUACAUAAGCCAAAAAAAUACAGUGAAUUUCAUUUAUUAUGUAUAUUCGUUAUAAUUAGUAUAUUAUAGUAAACUUAAGAAGCGCCCCUCGUAUAUGUAUCAUCUUCCACACUGAUGAUGAUGAUGAGCAUUACUAGUUUCACUGAUUGGACAACGCGCCAAAAAUAUGUAUUAGGGUAGUGCCUAAUACAUGGGUCAUAAAGUCGUGUAUACAUAUUUUUGGCAAUUUUUCAGACGUGACUGUAUAUGUAUUCAAUUGCACAGCUCAUGUAGAUAGCGCUGCACGGCUUUGUACGUUCCUUUCGGCCGCAUAUGUAACCGAGUUUUGUAACCACAGAUACAAAACAAGAAAAUGUACUCUUUUCUCAUAACCAGUUACAAACUCAAACAUUCUCGGCCCUUUUUGUAACUGUUUUGUAACCGCUGUGAGGUUACAAAAGAAGAAAGUUUUAUCUUUUCUCGUUACCAGUUACAAACUAUAGGACAUUGUAGGAGAGGCCGGAAAACCGCUCAAAGAUGGACGAGUGAGUUUGAGGGCCGACACGUUAGUGGAGGGCAUCUUUAGCGUUUCCGGUCGAGGCAUUACAUAGUGCUUUUCACGACUACUGCGAGGAAAUAAUAAAACAUUUGCAUAACUAUAAGUAUUUUCAUAGACAUUAAUAUUUAUAUUGGCAUGAGGAAAUUGUUAAAAGAAAGUGAUGUAUUCAAACACAAUUUACACUAUCCAAUUCAGUAAGUAUUUUCCGAUCCCACCCUUUUUUACUUUUUUUAUCACUUUUAAGAGGCGUUUUUCUGUUGUUUGGUUCAAACCGACUCUAAACUUGGAAGCCUUUUUGCUAAAAAACCACAAACAGCUACAAAAGUAAACUGUAGCUAAAAAAGUACAGGUGCUAAAGCUAUUGCCUACUUUCCAGCUUGGUUUUAGACCAUCUAUUGCCACAUUUCCGAACAGUGGCGUGAAAUCAGAAAUUAUUUAUUUGCAUCGAUACAGUAUAUAAAAACACUUCCUACUUUUCCUCCCUUGGGACACAAAUAACUAUUACUGGUUUGUAACUGGUUAUGAGAAAAGAGUAAAUUUUCUUAUUUUGUACCUGGUUACAAAACUCGGUUACAUACGCGGCCGAAAGGUGUACGUUAUACGGUAGGUAAGUAUGAUUGUCAAAAAAUGACGUUUGAAUAUCCAGUGACCAACGGAUAGUCUUUCGCAGUACACGCCAACUAUUUCAGCAGUCAUUGGAAUGGCACGAUUUCCUAGACUACAUAAAAUAACUCUUUGGUCAAUCAUUAGGGUUGGCACAACUUGGUCCCUUUGCGUGCACGAUUACAGGUGAGAAAAUGACUUAAAUUUUGACAACCCUAAAUGGCCGAAAGAUAUAGUGCCAUACAUUAGAAAGGGACAGCAUAAUUCGUCCCUGAAUCGCUGUCAAACUUCGGUUGUGUAGGAAGUGUCAUUUCUGUACGGUAGUACCUACUAUUAUUUAUAUUCUGUGCUAUGGGAGGACAACUUUUCGCGUUUACAUUUUUUAAAUUGCCACCUUUUCUACUGACAGAAAUGGCUUUUUUUUCUAUAAUACUCAGCUAAGAAUGAUCUAUAUUUGAAUUUUGCAAUAAAUUAGAUGUCAGCUUACUAAAAAACCGGACAAGAGCGAGUCGGACUCGCCCACCGUGGGUUCCGUACUAUUUAGUAUUUUUUAUUUAUUUAGGCAAGACUGUUUGUACAAAAAAUAAUGUAAUAAUAAGCAAUGUGUUAAUAGACCUGGAGUGCCCUACCUUAAUAAUAAUAUGUUUUAAUCUAAAGUAGCUAGUGUAGGAGCAGUAAGCGGAAAACAUAGUUAUCAAUAAGUAACAAUAAAGUUAUCAGUAACUUGAGUGAAUCUGUAUUCAUUCAUCCAUGUAUAUGUAUGCACAGGCAGGUUCGUUGAUACUCGUACAUACAUCCACACGGGGUACACAAGAAUAUUAUAUACAUAAGUUAAUUACCUACAAGUUACUGUUAUAGAUACUAAUAUGCAGAAGUUAUAACAAAGGUAUAAUUAUACCUACUUUUAUUAACGUUACCUACUUAAAUAAACAGUUUGUUAAUUUUUAUAUAUUAUAUAUUUGUUGUUAUAGCGGCAACAGAAAUACAUCAUCUGUGAAAAUUUCAACUGUCUAGGUAUCACGGUUCAUGAGAUACAGCCUGGUGACGGACGGACGGACAGCGGAGUCUUAGUAAUAGGGUCCCGUUUUACCCUUUGGGUACGGAACCCUAAAAACUACAUAAACAAGGGGUGCUUUUUAAGUUGCUUUCCUUUUACUCUAGGUACUAUAUAUAUGUCUCCAAGAAAUACUUUGUAUUUCUGUACUGUUUAAUUUCUUUUAGCUUCUGAUUUGAUUGCUUCCCUAACUGUAUUAACAAUUUUUCUAAGACUUCGAAAUGUAAAAUUAUGUUUAAUAUUUCAUUUACGUUUUAUAAGUGAAUGACAAUAAAUUAAAGUAUUUUGUU